CAUUCACCCAGUGGUGACCAAGAAAACCAAGUAGCAGAACCAGUAAGAACCAUGCAUAUGUGAUAAUCUUCAAUGCAACGAUUCAACCUCUCAGUUUGACCAUCAUUCUGAGGGUGAUACGCUAUGGAGCAGUGGAGUUGAGUACCCUAUAAUGCAAACAGAUUGGUCCAAAAAUUUCUAGUGAAGAUCACAUCUCUAUCUGACACAAUUGACUAUGGCAUACCAUGAAGUCUAAACACCCCAUCCAUAAAAACCUAGACAACUAAAGUUGUUGUGUAUGGUCUACUGAGACCAAAGAAGCGGCCAUACAUAGAAAAUCGAUUAACCACCACCAAUAUGACCUCUUUACCAUACCACCAGACUUAGGUAAGUCUUCAAUGAAGUCCAUUAAUAUAUGUUGCCAAGAACCCUCAGGCAUAGGUAAUAGUUGCAAAACACCAUAAUAAGGCACAUUCUCACUCUUACAUUUCUAGCAGAUGUCACAAUCAACAAUGAACUUCCUUACUUCCUUCUUCAAACAAGGCCCCCAAAAAUAAGACUUCAACCUUUAAAAAGUAGCCUGAGUCCCUGAGUGUCUCCCACCGGAGACUCAUGAAACAUCUGUAAAACCUACUGCCUCAUAGUUCCAUUGCUGCCAAUAUAAAUGGCUGACUUGGGGUACAGUAAUCCAUGCUUGAAAGUAUGAAUUUGUGGUCCCGCCGUAGGUACUAUAGCUUCUACCAUGACCUCUUUGAGCCAGGCAUCAGCCUUGUAAGUUGAUUCCACUUCACUCAGCCAAGCAGGUAAAACUGAUGUCACUGAUUGACAACUGCCCUCAAAGAACUCAAGAUUCUUAGAAAGUGUAUCAACCACCUGAUUGUACCUUCCUUGUUUGUACCUGAUCUCGUAAUCCAAACCAAGUAGCUUCACCCGUCCAUUUUCUGUAUGGGAGUGUGUAUCUUACGCCUCAACAAAUACUGUAGGCUCUCACCAAAAUGAUGAACUACCUUCCCUCGAGGUAAUGUCUCCACUUAGUGACAACCAUUAGGACUGCUAGGUACUCUUUCUCAUAUGCUGACAUGCCUUGCUUCCUAAUUCCCAAGUCCUCGAUGAGCUAAACAAUUGGUCUUCCCUCCUGUAAUAGAACAGCCCCAAUGCCAAUGUCACUUGCAUCUUCUCCAGGGUAAAAGGUUUGUUAAAGUCUGGUAAGGCUAAUACUUGUACUUCGGUCAUGGCCAUCUUGAGUCGUUGAAAAGCAUCAUCAGCCAUAAAAUUCUAGAUAAACCCGUCCUUCUUAAGUAAAUCGGUGAGUUGUCAGUUGUCUACUAAUGGUACCAUAAUCCUUCACAAACUUCCUAUAGUAGCCAGUGAGACCCAAAAAACCUCUGAGCUCCUUCACAUUCAUUGUCCUGGUACAUGACACCAUUGCUGACUGCUGAGAUCUUCGCAGGGUCAGUAGAGACAACUUCAUUGGUGAUUAUUGGCCCAAGUACUCAACCUGUGUUUGGCCAAAAGAACAUUCGAAGAGUUUUACAUAAAAGGUAUGUUGUCUGAGGAUUGAAAGGGUGAUUUGGAGGUGUUUAAUAUGAUUGGUUCAUCUGAACUAUAGACUGAGAUAUCAUUAAAAAAAACUAAAAUAAACUUUCUGAGAUGAGCAGAGAAUAUGAAAUUCAUGAGGGCUUGAAAGGUGGCAGGGGUAUUGGUUAUGCCAAACGACAUAACAAGGAACUCAAAGUGUCCAUGAUGGAUUAUGAAGGCUGUUUUAUGCUAAUCUUAUGGUAAGCUAGAGCCCCUUAACUCAUCCGACAAAUCCUCUAUGACAGGAAUAGGAAACUUAACCUUCACUGUAAUGGAGUUAAGAUGCCUAUAAUCAACACAAAAAUGAGAGGUUCCAUCGUUUUUGGUCACUAGCAGAGCAGGAGAAGCAAAUGGACUCUUGAUAGUUUUGAUUAGGUGAGCUUCUAACAUUUCUUGUGUCAUUUUUUCUACAAUGUCUUUAUGCGGUAAGGGAUAGCGAUAGGGACAAAGAUUGACAGAGUGAGAAUUGGGUUGUAAGGGUAUAAAAUGGUCACAAGUUCUCGAGGGAGGUAAGGUAUAGAAUGGCCAUACACAUCUUAGUACUCUUGAACCACGGGAAGUAGAAAGGAAGGAAUCUCACCUGGUGAUUUAACCUCAACAAUGCUAAAUAAGUACCUUGUUCAAUCCUUCACCUUUUGACUCAGCAAUUUGGACAUUUCUUUGCCAGAAAGAAGCUUACAUGAUCCCACUUCAUGUCCAAUUCAUCAAAGAUUUCGCGCGAUUUUUUCAACAUACCAUUUUCCUUGGAUUUUGAAUACAACAUAUCAUGGAUUCAGCUUGAGGGUAUUAUCCACCGGUGAUAAAGUUUAUUAAUCGCCAACAUGGGUGGAUUUUUUUCGAAGGGCAUUUUAGUGAUUUUUUGGGAAUUUGUUCCAAAAGGCCAUUUUUCUUGGAUUCUUAAGGUUAUAGAUCAGCAUAAAUUGCCUAGACGAGGCUAUAAUUCACAAAUGAUGAAGUCUAUUAAUCGUUGAUUUGGGCGCCCUUUUUCUGUAGGGCAAUUUUCUAAUUUUCUAGGCAAUUUUUUGAAAAGUCAUUUUCCUUGGAUUUUCAAGGCUACUAAUCACGGAUUCGGCUAGAGGCUAUUCUGCACCGAUUAUCAAGUCUAUUAAACACUGGUUUGGGCAUAUUAUUUUAGGAUCCAUUUUUGGCAGAUUUCAAAGGGGUAUUGAUAGACCGUCAUUUACACAUGUUUUUACCCCCAUUCUUACACCGUUUGAGGUGUUGAUUCUCGUGUUUUAGGCCGAUUUCACGCUAGGUUGUGCUUGUUUGUGAUGUUUCAGGUCCUAGUACGUGAAUGAAGCCUUAGGAGCGAGUCUGGGGUCGAUUGGACGAAGAACGGACGAAUGGCGAGGUUUUUGGGGAGCUGCACGGGCAGACCAGGGAGGCUGCACGGCCGUGCACGUGAGCAAUAUGGCCGUGCGCCUUAUGCCGAGGACACGCACGGGCAACCCCUGAAGCUCGCACGGCCGUGCACCCUAGCCGUGCGAGAGGGCUGAAGUUCGACUAAAUGACACGCUGCGUUUUGAGUUGCACGGCCAGAAUGGUGAUAUGCACGGCCGUGCACCCUGGCCGUGCGAGUCGGGAUUUCCUGGUUUUAAGCCAAAUUCCGAACCAAAGAAGAGGGAGAGCUGGGUUUUGGAUCCCAAACACCCAAGGGACGAACCCUAGAGAGAGAGAGCGACUUGGGAACAUUCUUGGAGCUAUUUUGGAGGAUUUCUUCGCCAUUGGAGCUCGGGAAUCAAGCUUGGAGAUGGAGAUUGAAGAUCUAGAUCAGAUUUCUGCAGUCUCUCUCUUCUCUAUGGAGUAACUUCUCUUCACUUAGGUUUUGAGGAACCUUAGUUCCAUGAGUUAGGAUCUUUCUUGUAUGAAGUUUUGGAUGCUAUAUUGUUUGAUUAUAAUCGAAUGAUGCAUGUUUAUUGAGUCAAUUGAAGUCUGAUCAACUUUUCCUGAUUCCUGCUGCAAUCUGAGAUGGAUAGAAUCUGAUUAGGUUGCUAUAGUCUCAUCAUUCGGUAGUAGGAGAUUGGCUAUACGAGAGUUAGCCAGUUUACUGCUUUGUACUGGAAUCCAAUUCCAGUAGUGGAGUUCUGUGCUUAUUGCUUCAGCUUUCUAUCCCGGUGAAGACUAGUCGUCUGCCGGAUAGUUAGACUGAGAGGGCUUGGUCAGCUUAAGAGAUUCCAAGCUACUGUCGGAUCUUCCGCAGUUUAAUCAACAGUAAAUCAACCAAAAUGAAUUACAACUUGGACCUAAUUGAGGAGCUAGGGGGAAUCAUACCUAAGUGAGUUCCCAAACUGUAAUUAGUAGUUUUACUUAGUUUAGUUAGUAGAGUAGUUUAGUUGAUCAAUCCUUAAUCUAGUUUGCUAGAUAAUGAACUGAAGCUAAGUAAUAGUAACUCUAGAGACCCGUGGAUUCGAUAUUUAUUACUUGUGCCACUAUACUGCAGUCCCUUUCAUUGGUUACACUUGGCCAUUGUUAGGUGUUGUGUUUUAGAGCAUCAAGUUUUUGGCGCCGUUGCCGGGGACUUUCUAGAGUAUUAGGAAAGGCAGAAGUUUGUUACUUUAGCGUUUUUCUUUUCUUUUCCACCCUUGCUUUUCACUUGGGUGUUUUUGUUUUUGUUGGUGCAGAUCUGAAUCAUGGAUCCUAAUGGCUUCUCCAAUCUUGGGGGUAUCCACCACCAUCCGGGUGGUAUUACCCCGCGACUCCCUACAGCAAUCAAGGAGGAGAAGACUAUGGAUUCGGGUUCCAGUACCAACCCCCUUACUACGGAGAACAAUCAGACCCCUGGGCAUAUCAAGAACAACCUCAUUACCAAGAAGACUUUCUCCCACAACCAGAAGGGCCAUCGGAGCUGGAGUUACCCAUGGCGGCCUUCACGGGCCACUCUGCAGAGCCAUGCUACACUUCACUGGAGGAUCCGAACGAACAAUUAAGGCUUCUCGUGGAGCAGUUUGCUCGAGACACUGAGAAAUCAUGCUCCAAGAUGGAUCUUCAAAUCAAAGCCCUUGCCACUUCCGAUCCCUCAUUUCUCCAUGAUAUGGAGGAGACUGUUCAGCGCUCAGCGAAGCAAACAGAGUGGGUGAAGCAAGUUUGCUCACAUCUUGCUCAAGAUCACUUUUCUGCUGCCACGCUAGAAGAGGUGGAGGAUGACAAAGGCUAUGGGAGCGUUGAGGAGCAUACAGAAGUUAUCACAGAGAACUCCCAUGAUAACCAUGAUCAGGAAAGUCCUUUGGUUGCAGACCACACCUUUCCUCAUUUAUGCUCUAACAUGCUGGGCUCGUGCGAGGAGAUGCAAGAUGAUCCCAUUGAAGAAAUUGCUUGGCGACUUGCUCUCCAAUCUGUUCUAGAAGAAGAAGAGCGAGCAAGGAUGAGGAAGAAAGUUGUGGAUGAUGAGGAAGAAAGAAAAGAAGAGGUGGUUCUUGAUCUUUUCCCAGGGGAGAGACCACAUUUUGGAGAAGAAAGGGGGGUUGAGGAAGCAAUUGGCGUCCAGGCUGAGGAUGAAGUUAAGGUGGAAGAGGCCUGCACCGGCCAUGAGUUACAUGUGAUAUCUCCACCAAACUUCGAGGAACUGCUUGGCAAGGACCCAUUUGCAGUGUCUCUUUGCCAGACCAAGGCCACAUCGACAUCGGUCCCUCUUGGUGGACGCGAUGGUGGCCAAUCGAUGCUGUCAUAUCUGGUUUGGGGCAAUGAGACGAGAGAAGAGAAGAAGAGGUCUCGAGGGUGGAGACUUCAUCUGCAUCAAGUACAUGAGCCUUCAUCACCUGCCACACCAGAUGCUCGUGACUUGAGACUCCACCUCAUCGACGAGAACCUCAACUUCAAGGAGGUUCUCUCAUGGACCGAAACUUAGGAGCCAUCGUCCGGCUCACGACGUGAAAGAAGCGCUUGUUGGGAGGCAACCCAACCAGUCGGUUUGCAUUUCUUUCUCUAUUUCUCCUCGGUUGAGUCAGUUUUGUUAUUUGAUUUUAGAGUCAAUAACUCAACCUUUGUGAGAUUUUGUGUGGUGUUUGUGUUCUGAUUACUCUCUCUUUCUGGAAUGCACCGCCUGACCCGUACAUCAUCAUUCACCCUUGAUCUGGUAACUUCGUUCUACCCUCCUUAUCUUUCCUCCAUUGAGGACAAUGUCGUGCUUAAGUGUGGGGGGAUGUUCGAUUAUUUAUGCGGGUGAAUGUUUGGCUGUUUGUGUGCUUGGAGCCUAGUCCACUGUCCAAAUUUUUAAAUUUGAGGGCUCCAAGUACGUGUUUCCUUGCAAUUGCCUGCUCAGUAUGCUUUGAAUUGACAGUCUUUAUAGUAAUAUGCAACCUAGGGAGGUAGUGUAGCACUAUGGAGGAUGUUGAUGCAUUUAAGAAGUCUCAUUUCUUCUUCAUAUAAACUUGGUUGAUUGAGUGAAUUAGUGAUCUUAGGACCCUUGAAUUGUGUGGUGUUGUGGAUUUUCUACCUGUCAUGGACUCUUGUAUCAUGUUUUGAAAGUAACAGGUGCUCGAAAAUGUGCUUCAAAAUAAACGUCUCCCGUGCGAAUAGGGCGAAAGUGUGUAAGGGGAGACGGGAAUUCGUUCCCAAUUUCCACCUACUACCUCCAGCCCCCUUACAUGUCUUUCCCCCGCACGAGGCUCGAGACAUCCGCUCCUGGCAUGGCCGGUGAGAGCAGGUUGGGACCCUUGAAAAAGAAAAGAAAAGAAAAAUAUCAGAAAACAAGCAAAACAGGAAAAAAAAAAGGGGGUCUCAACCAUCUUCAAGAAGAAAAUAGAGCACCUUGAAAAAUGUGAGUCCAUGAUCCUUUGUUUUUGAGAAUCUCUUCAUCCAUAAUUCAUUUGUCCUCUGUUCACUAUUUGCCAUGAUGCCGACUCGCCGAAGAAGUUAUGAGAUGACUUGUGCGUCGGUUGACCUCGUAAGCUGCUAAAUGAUCUAGGAAGUCCUCUACCUACGAUCCGGGUUGUUUGUUGCUAUAGAGGUCUGGAGAGUUGCAUUGGUUUGAGUUAGGUUUGCUUGGGGACAAGCAAACGGUUAAGUGUGGGGGAGUUUGAUAGACCGUCAUUUACACAUGUUUUUACCCCCAUUCUUACACCGUUUGAGGUGUUGAUUCUCGUGUUUUAGGCCGAUUUCACGCUAGGUUGUGCUUGUUUGUGAUGUUUCAGGUCCUAGUACGUGAAUGAAGCCUUAGGAGCGAGUCUGGGGUCGAUUGGACGAAGAACGGACGAAUGGCGAGGUUUUUGGGGAGCUGCACGGGCAGACCAGGGAGGUUGCACGGCCGUGCACGUGAGCAAUAUGGCCGUGCGCCUUAUGCCGAGGACACGCACGGGCAACCCCUGAAGCUCGCACGGCCGUGCACCCUGGCCGUGCGAGAGGGCUGAAGUUCGACUAAAUGACACGCUGCGUUUUGAGUUGCACGGCCAGAAUGGUGAUAUGCACGGCCGUGCACCCUGGCCGUGCGAGUCGGGAUUUCCUGGUUUUAAGCCAAAUUCCGAACCAAAGAAGAGGGAGAGCUGGGUUUUGGAUCCCAAACACCCAAGGGACGAACCCUAGAGAGAGAGAGCGACUUGGGAACAUUCUUGGAGCUAUUUUGGAGGAUUUCUUCGCCAUUGGAGCUCGGGAAUCAAGCUUGGAGAUGGAGAUUGAAGAUCUAGAUUAGAUUUCUGCAGUCUCUCUCUUCUCUAUGGAGUAACUUCCCUUCACUUAGGUUUUGAGGAACCUUAGUUCCAUGAGUUAGGAUCUUUCUUGUAUGAAGUUUUGGAUGCUAUAUUGUUUGAUUAUAAUCGAAUGAUGCAUGUUUAUUGAGUCAAUUGAAGUCUGAUCAACUUUUCCUGAUUCCUGCUGCAAUCUGAGAUGGAUAGAAUCUGAUUAGGUUGCUAGAGUCUCAUCAUUCGGUAGUAGGAGAUUGGCUAUACGAGAGUUAGCCAGUUUACUGCUUUGUACUGGAAUCCAAUUCCAGUAGUGGAGUUCUGUGCUUAUUGCUUCAGCUUUCUAUCCCGGUGAAGACUAGUCGUCUGCCGGAUAGUUAGACUGAGAGGGCUUGGUCAGCUUAAGAGAUUCCAAGCUACUGUCGGAUCUUCCGCAGUUUAAUCAACAGUAAAUCAACCAAAAUGAAUUACAACUUGGACCUAAUUGAGGAGCUAGGGGGAAUCAUACCUAAGUGAGUUCCCAAACUGUAAUUAGUAGUUUUACUUAGUUUAGUUAGUAGAGUAGUUUAGUUAAUCAAUCCUUAAUCUAGUUUGCUAGAUAAUGAACUGAAGCUGAGUAAUAGUAACUCUAGAGACCCGUGGAUUCGAUAUUUAUUACUUGUGCCACUAUACUGCAGUCCCUUUCAUUGGUUACACUUGGCCAUUGUUAGGUGUUGUGUUUUAGAGCAUCAGGUAUCAUGAUAACGAUGUAAUUGCACAUUUUUGCGCCCCUAGUUCUUAUCCGUUUGAGGGGCAUAUUCGUGUGUUGUGGCCUAUUUUAUGCUAGGUUGUGUUCCUUUGUCCCAUUUCAGGUCCUAGCACAUAAAGUGAAGAAGAAUGGAUUUCUACCUCACUUUAUGGACAAAGAAGCAUGCAAGCUUGUUAUGAAACGAAAGAGGACGAGACUACGAGCGUCUGGGAUCAAACGGCGACUGAUUCGGAGUCCGGACGAGGGAGAAACGAAGCAUUAAACAGAGGCUGAGCAAGCUGCACGGGCAGACCAGGGAGGAUGCACGGCCGUGCACGUGAGCAAUAUGGCCGUGCGCCUUAUGACGAGGACACGCACGGGCAACCCCUGAAGCUCGCACGGCCGUGCACCCUGGCCGUGAGAGUGGGCUGAAGGUCGACUAAAUGACACGCUGCGUUUUGAGUUGCACGGCCAGAAUGGUGAUAUGCACGGCCGUGCACCCUGGCCGUGCGAGUCGGGAUUUCCUGGUUUUAAGCCAAAUUCCGAACCAAAGAAGAGGGAGAGCUGGGUUUUGGAUCCCAAACACCCAAGGGACGAACCAAAGAGAGAGAGGGCGAUUUGAGGGCAUUCUUGGAGUGGAGUUGGAGGAUUUCUUCGCCUUGGAAGCUCGAGGAACAAGCCCGGACUUGAAGACUGAUCAUCUGAAGAUUCUUACUGCAGUCUCUCUCUUCUCUAUGGAGUAACUUCCCUUCACUUAGGUUUUGAGGAACCCUAGCUAUGUUUGUUUGAUUGGAUGAUUGUAUGAGUACUCUGACUGGAUAAUCUUGAGUUCAUAUUCAAUCUAUGCAUGUUUUCAUGAUUCAAUUCUGCUUUAGUCGAGAUUAUUGAUUCUGCUUUGAUUCUAUGAGAGGGAAUACCUGAUUAGGUCAAUAGAGCACCAUAGAUUGAUAGUAGUGGAUCGAUUGCUUUAGUCGAGGGUUGAUUCACUGCUUUGUAUCGAUUGAGAACCUCUUUCGAUAGAGGGAGUCUAGUUCAGAACGCCUUGAUCAGUUGUUCUAGAGAAGGAUACGUCCCUUUAGGCAAUUGACUCAAGAGGGCCUUGUUCCUUUAGUCGAGACUCAAGGUCUACUCAAGGAUUCUCCGCAUUGUGAAUGAAAGUGAAACAAGUUGGAAAUCAUCAAUCGUUAGUCUGGCUAGUGGCUAGGGGGAAUCAUACCUAAGUGAGUUCCCAACCUGUAAUUAGAUUAACUUUAACUGUAGUUUGCUAGAGUAGUUUUAGUUCUUUCAUCUUAAUUUGGUUUGCUAAAUAAUAAACUGAAGCUGAGUAAUAGUAACUCUAGAGACCCGUGGAUUCGAUAUUUAUCACUUGAGCCACUAUACUGCAGUCCCUUCCAUUGGUUACACUUGGCCAUUGUUAGGAGUUGUGUUAUAGCGAGUCAUAUCAUCAUAGAUUUUGCGUGAUUUUUUUCGAAAGGCCAUUUUCCUUGGAUUUUGAAUGCUACUGAUCACAGAUCGCCAUUAGGCUAUUCUCCCCAGAUGAUGAAGUCUAUUAAGCGUUGAUUUAGGCGGAUUUUUUCCAGGUCCACUUUUGGUAGAUUCCAAAUGGGUACAAUCACAGAUUUUGGGCGAUUGUUUAGAAAGACUAUUUUCCUUGCAUUUUGAAGGCUACUGAUCAUCGGAUUCGGCCUCGGUCAUUUCUCCACCGAUGAUAAAGUCUAUAACCGCAAAUUUUGGCGGAUUUUCUAGGAGGGCAUUUUUGUAAUUUUUGGCCGGUUUUUUCGGAACGCAAUUUUCCUCAAAUGAUUAAAUUCAUUGAGCACCGGUUUGAGAAGUUUUUCCGGGUCAAUUUAAGGCUACAUAUCAGUUAUCACAGAUUUCGGCCUGAGGUAGUUCUCCAAUGAUGAUGAAGUCUAUUGAGCACAUAUUUUUGCGAAUUUUUUCGAAGGGCAUUUCCAUAAUUUCUAGGCAAUUUUUUUUCUACAUGCCAUUUUCCAUGGAUUUUAGUGGCUAAAGAUCACGGAUUCGGCCCGAGUCUAUUCAGUACUGAUGAUUUAUUCUAUUAAGCAACAAUUUGGCGAAUUUUUCUGGGUCCAUUUUUGGCCGAUUCAAAGGGACUUUUUCGAAAGGCCAUCAAAAAUUCCGAGCAAUUUUUUCGAAAGACCAUUUUUCUUGGAUUUUGAAGGCUUAAGAUCACGGAUUUGGUCUGAGGCUAUUCUUCACCAAUGAUGAAGUCUCUUGAUCCUAUUAUCCACCGAGGUUAAGUCCAUUAAGCAUUGAAUUGGGCGGAUUUAUUUUCGGAUGGCGUUUUCAUAAUUUUGGGCGAUUUGUUUUGAAAGGUCGUUUUCCAUUGAUUUUGAAGGAUAGAGAUAACGAAUUCAGCUUGAGACUGUUUAUCACCGAUGAUUAAGUCCAUUAAGCAGCGAUUUUGGCGGAUUUCUUUUGGUUCAUGUUUUGGCAUAUUGCAAAUGGCAUCACAGAUUUCGGGUGAUUUUUUCGAAAUGUCAUGUUCUUUCGAUUUUAAGACUACAUAUCACAAAUUGGCCUGAGGCUAUUCUCCACCAAUGAUGAAGUCUAUUGAUCCAAUUUUUCUCCAAUUAUUAAGUCAAUUAAGCACCGAUUUAUUAUCGUAAUUUUUGGGAGAAUUUUUUGGAAAUGCUAUUUUCCUUGGAUUUUGAAUGCUACAGAUCACGGAUUCGGCCUGAGGCUACUAUCAUUGAUGAUGAAGUCUAUUGAUCCAAUUAUCCACCGAUGAUUAAGUGCAUUAAACACCAAUUUGGGCGGAUUUAAUUUAGGAUGGCAUUUUAGUAGAUUUUGGUCGAACGUUUCGAAAGGCCGUUUUCAUUGGAUUUUGAAGGCCACAGAUAACAUAUUUGGCCUAAGGGUAUUCUUCACAGCUGAUUAAGUCCAUUAAAGAUCGAUUUAAGCGGAUGUAUUCCUGGUCCAUUUUUGGGAGAUUUCAAAUGAGUACCAUCCCAGAUUUCCUGCGAUUUUUCCGAAAUGACAUUUCAUUUAGAUUUUAAAGACUACAAAUCACAAAUUUGGCCUGAGCAUACUCUCCAUCGAUGAUGAAGUCUAUUGAUCCAAUUAUCCACCGAUGUUUAAGUCCAUUAAGCUUUGAAUUGAUAGGAUUUAUUUUCGGAUGAAAUCUUCAUAAUCUUUGGAGGAUUUGUUUCGAAAGGCUGUUUUCAAUGGAUUUUGAUUUUUGAAGGCAACAUAUCACGAAUUCAGCCUACGCCUAUUCUUCACCGAUGAUUUAGUCCAUUAGGCACCGAUUUGGAUGGAUUUCUUCCAGGUCCAUUUUUGCCAGAUUCCAAACGGUACCCAUCACAUAUUUCGGGUGAUUUUUGCAAAAUGCCAUUUUCAUUCAAUUUUUAAGGCCACAGAUUAAUGAUUCGGCCCGAGGCUAUUCUCUAAUGAUGAUGAAGUCUAUUGAUCUAUUCUCCUUCGAUGAUUAAGUCCAAUAAGCAAUGAUUUGGGAAAAUUUAUUUUUUGAUGAGAUUUUUGUAAUUUUUUGGCAAUUUGGUCAGAAGGCCAUUUUGCGUGAUUGUGAAGGCUACAGAUAAUAGAUUGGCCUGAUGCUAUUCUUCAACGAUGAUUAAGUCCUUUAAGCAGUGAUUUAUGCGGGUUUUUUCCGUGUCCAUUUUUGCUAGUUUCCAAAAGUUACACAUCACAAAUUUCGGGUGAUUUUUCGAAAAGCUAUUUUCGUUCAAUUUUGAAAGCUACAAAUUAAGGAGUCGGCUCGAGGCACUUCUCCACCGUGAAGUCUAUUGAUUUCUCCACCAUGAUUAAAUUCACUAAGCACCAAUUUGGGCAUAUUUAUUUUUGGAUGACAUUUUUUGUAAUUAUUUUGGAAAUUUUUUUUUCGAAAGGCCAUUUUUUUAAUUUUGUAGGCUACAGAUCGCAGAUUCGGCCUAAGAUUAGUCUGCAUCGAUAAGUAAGUCCAUUAAGCAAUGAUUUGGGAAGAUUUCUUCCGUGCCCAAUUUCGAAAGAUUCCUAAGGGCACCACAACAUAUUUCAGGUGAUUUCUCCGAAAUGUUAUUUUCUUUCGAUUUUGAGGAUACCGAUCAUGAAUUUUGCUAGAGGGUAUUCUCACACGAGGAUGAAGUCUUUUGAACCUAUUCUUCACCGAUGAUUGAAUCCAUUACGCACUGAUUUGGGCAGAUUUAUUUUUGGCUGUCAUUUUCGUAACUUUUUGUGCAAGUUUAUUAGAAAGGUCGUUUUCCUUGUAUUUUGAAGGCUACAAAUCGCCCUCACUUUGUAUCCAACUAUGUGUCGCUUCUUUGAUUUUCGGGCCUGGCUGGUUUCCAAGAUGUAACUAUCUAUUUAUUCUGAUCAAUAUAUGAUAUCUUUUGACAAAAAAAAAAAGCUCGAAUUCGACCUGUGGCUAUGCUUCACCUACAAUCAAGUCUCUUGAUCCUAUUCUCCAUCUAUCUUUAAGUCCAUUAAGCACCAAAUAUGGUGAAUUUAUUUUCGAAUGGCAUUUUUAUAAUAUUUUUGGUCAUUUUUUAAGGCCGUUUUCCUUGUAUUUUGAAGGCUACAGAUCACAGAUUUAGACUAAGGCUAUUCUUCACGGAUGAUUAAGUCCAUUAAACCCCGAUUUUGGUAGAUAUCUUCUGGGUCAUUUUUGGUAUAUUCCAAAAAGAUACCAUUACAUAUUUCAUCUGAUUUGUCCGAAAUGCCAGUUUCUUUCGAUUUUGAUGGCUAAAUAUCACAAAUUGGCCUGAGGCUAUUCUCCUCCAAUGAUGAGUUCUAUUGAUUUUAUUUUCCACGGAUGUUAAAUCAAUUAAGCACCGAUUUUGGCGGAUUUUUUUUAUGAAUCGUUGGGAUCUUCAUUCAACCAAAAGGUGAUUACAAUAGAAAGUAAGGAAAAACCUAUCAAAACCGAGCCUCUAAGACAAAUUAACUGAUCCACAAUAAGGAAACCCUCUGCAUACCCAGCACACACUACAUCUCUCCCUAGAUGAUUUUCAACAAGACCUGAUACUCUUUUGCUUCCCCUGCAUACAAACGCCUUCAGCGUUCCCUCCAAAUGUGGCUCACCCACGUCUGCCAGAUAGUGCGCCCCGAUUCAGCAGCUUCCGUCGAUCCACCAAGCUUCCUAAUCAUGAAAGCUAUCAAAUCCUCCCAAUUUUGCACCAUUGGAGGCUAAAAAUAUCUGCAGAAAAGAGCAGCAAACAGGUGCCUCGAGAAUGAAAAUUGCACAUACAAAUGUUUCCUAUCCUCUAUCCCCGAAUUACAAAGACAACAUGAUAGGUCAUUUUGAUUAUUUUUUGCGCGAUUUUUUCGAACGACCAUUUUCUUUGAAUUUUGAAGGCUACAGAUCACAGAUUUAACCCGAGGCUAUUUUCCACUAAUAAUGAAAUCUAUUGAUUCUAUUCUCCACCGAUGAUCCAUUAGACACCGAUUAGGGUGAAUUAAUUUUCUGAUGGCAUUUUCCUUAUUUUUGGGCAAUUUUUUUCGAAAGUCCAUUUUCCUUGGAUUUUGAAGGCUAAAGAUCACGGAUUCAGCCUGAGACUAUUUUCCAACGAUGAUUAAGUCCAUUAAGCACCUAUUUGUGCUUUUUCAUCCUGGUUCGUUUUUAGUGAACCACACAGGGGUACGUACCAUCACAGAAUCCAGACGAUUUUCUCAAAAUGCGAUUUUAUUUUGAUUUUGAAGGUUACAGAUCAAGGAUUCUGCACGAAGCUAUUCUCCACCGAUAAUAGAGACUAUUGAUCCUAUUCUCCACCAAUGAUUAAGUCCAUUAGGCAAUCAUUUGAGCGAAUUCAUUUUCUGAUUGCAUUUUUGUAAUUGUUUUUGCAAUCGUUUCAAAAAGCCAUUUUUCUUGGAUUUUGAAUGCUACAAAUCACGGAUUCAGACUGAGACUAUUCUUCAACGAUGAUUAAGUACCGAUUUGUACGGAUUUCUUCCGGUUUCAUUUUUGGCAGACUUCAAAUAGGUACCAACACAGGUUUCGGCCGAUUUCGGGCGCUUAUUCAAAGACGAUUAAGUCCAUUAAGCACCGAUUUGGGCGGAUUUCUUCCAGUUCUAUUUUUGGCGGACUUCGAAGGGGUACCAUCAUAGAUUUAGGGAGAAUUUCCCGAAAAGCCAUUUUUUCGAUUUUGAAUGCUACAGAUCACGGAUUCAGCCCGAGGCUAUUCUCUACUGAUAAUGAAGUCUAUCAAUCCAAUUCUCCAUCGAUCAUUAAUUCCAUUAGUCAGCGAUUUAGGAGAAUUCAUUUUCAAAUGACAUUUUCAUUAUUAUUUUUUUGCAAUUUUUAUGAAAGGCCAUUUUCGUUUGAUUUUGAAGGUUACAGAUAACAGAUUCGGUCUGAGGCUAUUCUUUAAUGAUGAUUAAGUCCAUUAAGCACCGAUUUGGGCGGAUUUCUUCCGAUUCCAUUUUAGGCGGACUCACAAAUUCAAGCUUUUUUUCGAAAUGCCAUUUUUCAAUUUGGAAGCCUACAAAUCAAAGAUUCAGCCCGAGGCUAUUCUCCAGCGAUAAUGAAGUGUAUUGAUCCUAUUCUCAAGCUAUGAUUAAUUCCAUUAGACACCUAUUUGGGUGAAUAAAUUUUCGGAUGGCAUUUUCGUUUAAUUUUCAUACAAUUUUCCACGAAUUUUGAUAGCUACAGGUCAUAGAUUUGGCGUGAGGUUAUUCUUCAACGAUGACUAAGUCCAAUAAGCACCGAUUUGGGCGGAUUUAUUCCGGAUCCAUUUUUGGCAGACUCCAAAUGGGUACCGUCACAAAUUUCUGACGAUUUUCCCGGAAUGCCAUUUUAUUCUGAUUUUGAUAGAUACAGAUCAAAAUGCCAUUUUGUGCGAGUUAAUAUUCGGACGACAAUUUCAUUAUUUAUUUAGUGAUUUUUUUUUAAAUGUCAUUUGUCCUUGGAUUUUGAAUGCUAUAGAUCACAAAUUCGGCCUGAGGUUAUUUUUCAAUGAUGUUUAAGUCCAUCAGACAACGAUUUGGGUAAAUUAAUUUUCGUAUGGCAUUUCGUAUUAUUAUUGGUGAUUUUUUUUCAAAAUGAUAUUUUCCUUCGAUUUGGAAGGCUACAUAUCUCGGAUUCGGCCUGAAGCUAUUGUUCAAUGAUGAUUAAGUUCAUUUGGCAUCGAUUUGCGAGGAUUUUUUCCUGUUACAUUUUUGGCAGAUUCCAAAGGGGUACCAUCACAGAUUUGAGGGAUUUUCUGGAUAUGUCAGUUUCUUUCAAUUUUGAAGGCCACCAAUCUGGGAUUCAUCCGAGGCUAUUCUCCCACGAUAAUUAAGUCUAUUAAUCCUAUUCUCCCCCGAUGAUUAAGUCCAUUAGACAUCGAUUUUGGCGAAUUAAUAUUCAGACGACAAUUUCAUAAUUUAUUUGGUGAUUUUUUUUAAAUGCCAUUUUCCUUAUAUUUUGAAGGCUACAAAUCAUUGAUUCGGCCUUAGCCUAUUCUUCAACGAUUAUUAAGUUCAUUUAGCAUCGAUUUGCACAAAUUUUUUCCGAUUCCAUUUUCGGCAGAUUCCAAAGGGGUACCAUUAUAAAUUUUGGGCAAUUUUCCCGACAUGUCAAUUCCUUUCGAUUUUGAAGGCCACCGAUCAGGGAUUCAUCCUGAGGUUAUUCUCCAACGAUAAUAAAAUCUAUUGAUCCUAUUCUACCCUGAUGAUUAUGUCCAUUAGACAUCGAUUUGGGCGAAUUAAUAUUCAGACGACAAUUUCAUAAUUUUAUUUGGUGAUUUUUUUAAUGCCAUUUUCCUUGGAUUUUGACGGCCACGGCCACAUAUCACGGAUUCGGCCUGAGGAUGUUUUUCAACGAUGAUUAAGUCCAUUAAGCACCGAUUUGGACGGAAUUCUUCUGGGUCCAUUUUUGGUAGACUACAAAGGGGUAACAUCACAAAUUUGGAGCGAUUUUCCCGAAAUACCAUUUUCUUCAACGAUGAUGAAGUCCAUUGAGCACCGCUUUGGACCGAUUUCUUCCAGUUCCAUUUUUAGCAGACUACAAAGGGGUACCAUCCGAGUUUCGAGCGAUUUUCCCAAAAUACCAUUUUCUUUCUAUUUUGAAGGCUACAGAUCACAGAUUCAGCAUGAGGCUAUUCGCCACCGAUAAUGAAGUCUAUUGAUCCCAUUCUCCACCGAUGAUUAAGUCCAUUAGACAGUGAUUUGGGCGAAUUAAUUUUAGGAUGGAAAUUUGGUUGUUUUUUGGCAAAUUUUUUUCGAAUUGUCAUUUUUCUUGGAUUUUAAAGGCUACAGAUAAAGGAUUUUGCGUGAGGCUAUUCUUCAACGAUGAUUAAGUCCAUUAAGCACUAAUUUGGGCGGAUUUCUUCCGGGUCCAUUUUUGGCCAACUCCAAAGUGGUACCAUCACAUAUUUCGGGUGAUCUUCCCAAAAUACCAUUUUCUUUUGAUUUUGAAGGUUACAGAUCACGGAUUAAGCCUGAGACUAUUCUCCAUCGAUAAUGAAGUCUAUUGAUCCUA